CUGAGUCACGACCGGAGCUGGGGAGGAGCCGGGGAAAGGCGGCCCCAGCUCAGAGCGCAGCCAUCGGCCGCCUGGAGCGCCGGCAGGGCAGUCGGGGAUCAUGGGGGAGAGCACGCUGGAGCCGGGGCCUGCGCCCGAGGCGCCUGCUGGGGGCCCGGUGCAUGCGGUGACCGUGGUGACCCUGUUGGAGAAGCUGGCCUCCAUGCUGGAGGCGUUGCGGGAGCGGCAGGGCGGCCUGGCGCAGAGGCAGGGCGGCCUGGCGGGCUCGGUGCGCCACAUCCAGAGCGGCCUGGGCGCGCUGAGUCGCAGCCACGACACCACCAGCAACACGCUGGCGCAGCUGCUGGCCAAGGCGGAGCGCGUGGGUUCCCACGCGGACGCAGCCCAGGCGCGGGCCAUGCACCGCGCUGCUCAGGUGCAGCGGCUGGAGGCCAACCACGGGCUUCUGGUGGCGCGCGGUAAGCUGCACGUCCUGCUCUUUAAGGAGGAGACAGAAAUCCCAGCCCGCGUCUUCCAGAAGGCACCAGAGCUCUUGGGUCCGGAGGCCCAGUCGGAGCUUGUGCCAGAACAGCCAGAGGAUGAAGUUGGGGAGAGCUCCGACGAGGAGCCAGUGGAGUCCAGGGCUCAGCGGCUGAGGCGCACCGGGCUGCAGAAGGUACAAAGCCUAAGAAGGGCCCUUUCCAGCCGGAAAGGCCCCGAAACAGCACCACCCACGCCGGCCAAGCCUCCUCGCCUUGGGUCUGGCCGGAGCUCGGAAUCCCAGCCCAUAGCCCAGCCUGCGCCAGAGUCCCAGCUGGAGCCUGCGCUGGAGCCAGAGCCCCCACAGGAUACCCAGGACGAUCCUGGGAGGCCUGGGGCUGCUGGGGCUGCGGAAGCAGCUCGGCUUCAAAUAGAGAGUGCAGCCUGAUCCAGGCGCUUCCUGUUCCCCUGGAGUCUAUGGCUUGUCCCAGAAAAAAAAAGCGCAGCGCUUACAUCCUAAUAAGGAGAGAAUCCUGCAUGCACUGCCCAGCUCUGACCCUCCCUUCCCGGCCUUUCAGUCUAGUACCCAGAAUCCUCUGAAAGAGGAGCAGUGGGACUCGUCACACCUGAUUUACACUCACCAUCAAUAAAAGUUAAUUUCAUCUAA